AUGAUAAAACCCUUUAUUUUAUUAUUAUACACUUUUCAAUUAUUUCUUAUAUGCAUUCAUCUUUAUCCUUCAUCAAGACAUAUUUAUAUGAUUUUAGUAGGUCUUUUAUUACAUAAAUGUGUAACAUUCUUUCUUUGUAGCAGAUUAAGAUUUCUAUUAGGCACCGCUCUUAUUUUCAUUUAUCUUCAAUUUCCCUUUCUAUACUUUUUAUCGUAUUCAUAUAUUCUAAGUAACACUUAUUACACAACUUCAUUGUUAAUUAAAUCUACUGAUAUUUCUCAUAUAGUGUAUUAUAUAGAGAUUAGUGGAUGUAUAUUAUCUUUUCUAGUACAUGUUGACUAUUCUAUUAUAUACAUUUUAGCACUAUUAGAUAUUUUUUUAAUUUAUUUUAAGAUUUCCCCGCCACACGAAGAAAAAAGGUACCAAGAUGUUAUAAAUAAAAUAAAGUAUGUUAUAAGUGAUUACCAAAUAAGAAAAAAAGAAUAUCGCUUAGUUUUAAGUAAUUACACAUGUACAUCUGUUUUAGAUGAUAGAAAUUACAAAGAUCACCUAUCUCUUGAACAUUCACAGGAUUUGAAUCACAACAUAAUUGAAGAAACAGAAUGCCAUAAGAAAAAUCUGAAAAAGUCCGAAGAUUAUACAUCUUUUAUAAGCCUUGACUUUUUUACUCCUUUAAUCCUUUUUAAAAAAGAUAUGUACUCUUUUUUACUUCUAAUACUGCGAGUAAUACCAUCAAUUCGUACAGAUUAUUUUCAAUAUCUAUUUAUAUUCUUAUUUUUGAUAGAAUACGAAUUAAUAAGUCUAAUAAUAAGUUUAUUAUGUGAUCAUUCAAAUACUAAAAAUAUUACUAGUAGAAUGAUAUUUACCGUUUUAAUUUAUUAUUUUAUAAAAAAUGUUAUUUAG